CACCGCUCAUCGCUUGCAUAGUUUUGGACUACAAGUAACUUUCAAACAAUAGACUGGACAUGUCUUAAGCGGUUUUUAACAUACUCGAUUUGAUAAUAAUGGGCCACUGUUACUUUCUUUAUGAGUAACUAAUUUUUAAGAUAUUUUUAGUGCAAGACUACGAAGACCAUUUGUUGCUCUUAAAGUGAUUUAGACCACACUGUUUGAUUACUGUUACGUGUUAUAACUAAUUUUACAUACUGUAAUUGACUAGGUAAGCAUAGGCUGCUAUUAAAUUCCGCCUAUGCAGAUACAGAAAAGGAGAUCGGCAGAUCCAACCGCACUAUUCUGUACUAUGCAUUAAUUUUACUGCCUUGUGAUUUUUUUUACACUCUCUAGUUAACUGGACAAUAGAACGAGUCGUGGCAGAAGUAUUGUUUUGAGGUUUGUCAUUAAUGUAAUUUCGGACCCCUAGCUUCCUAUAUGUGUCAGUGAAUGAGCUCCUCGUACUUUUUCUUUCCUUUUUUUCAUCCAAUUGGGUCCCGAAGUCUAAAAUUGGGUCUUAAUCUCAACCAGCCUAUUUGGCCUUUUGAUUGAUGUCCUCGUUGCUCUGGCAGGCAGGCUCCCAAAGAGGAAAAGGGAAAAAAGCGAAGGGAAAAAAGCGAAGAAAAAAACAGACAAUCAGCUCCAGUUUAGCCUUCCUCACAUACAUGCACUCACACCUAUUUGAGAGCGACUGAAGCGAGACGACAUCUUAAACCACCGAUAACGCGGGAAGGACUUCUGUAUUUUACAGGGGGCUUAGCCGACUAUGGAUCAUAUAGGAAUUCAUCUGCACCAGAACCCGGCAGAGCCCAUAAGUUUUGGUAUCGAUCAAAUUUUGAACAAUGCGGAUCAGGGGAGUUGUAUGAUUUCCAGUCCCAGGCUGCAAGACUCUGACUACGGUUUAGGAUGCAUCGUCAGCAGUGCUUACAAUACCAUGACUGGCAACUAUAACACCAAUAAUUCCGGGGGAUAUAACAGCAACGCAUGCAGCGUCGCAUCUUUGAAUGGGUCAUACAAUGUGAAUAUGGGCAUGGGCAUGAACAUGAACGGGAAUAAUCUUAAUUCGGCCGGAGUGAUCCGCGUGCCAGCGCAUCGACCGCUCGGUAGCGUCCACUCAUCAAUACCCUGUAGCAUGUCCACGGUGCCAGGAGUGGGAAGCGUCAGUUCUAUCAACAAUCUCACGGGAUUAACUUUUCCCUGGAUGGAGAGCAACAGAAGAUACACCAAAGAAAGAUUUACAGUGGCGCUCUCACCCUUCACUGUAACACGCCGUAUAGGUCACCCGUACCAGAACCGGACACCACCGAAGAAGAAAAAGCCAAGGACAUCCUUCACGAGACUCCAGAUCUGUGAACUGGAGAAGCGGUUUCACCGGCAGAAAUACCUGGCGUCUGCAGAGAGAGCGGCCUUGGCGAAGGCACUUAAAAUGACUGAUGCGCAAGUCAAAACAUGGUUCCAGAACAGGAGAACAAAAUGGAGACGUCAGACUGCGGAAGAGCGGGAAGCCGAACGGCAGCAAGCGAACCGAAUCCUCAUGCAACUCCAACAAGAAGCCUUUCAAAAAACAUUAAACCAGCCAGUGACUCCAGACCCAAUUUGCCUGCACAACUCCUCCUUAUUCGCUCUUCAGAAUCUCCAGCCAUGGACUGAGAACACAAGUAAAAUCAGCAGCGUGUCUACAUGUGAAUAGAGAGAUAGCUACUAUACGUUAAGUAUAGUCUCGUCACAGGCAUGGAGGUGUAACGCAAUAAACACAACCUCACAGUGAAAACGACGUAACGACAGCAAUCAGAUUCAAAAUUAAAAUUCGAACUUUCUAAAAUAUAUGUAGCGGGUUAGCACAUGUACCAAUACGAGGCUUAAUGGUGCGCCCACAUAUUUACUGAUUAUUAAAGUCUACUUGAAUUAAUUCAUUAUGGCUACGUCAGUGUAGGCUUUGGGGCCACAGAAGAAAAAAGUGCAAUUGCAAAUUCUAGGAGACAGAUCGUUUAUAUUGCACAGUGUUCUUUAACAUUUUAAACAGACUAUUACUAUUUUUAAAAUAAUCUGAAAUCAUGGAACCAGAAAACGAAACGGAAGUUAAAACUACGUUCAUCGUUGCCACAUCCACAUGUAAACAUAUCCCAAAACCGAAAUUAGCCUAUAGUGGCCAUUCAGAGAAUAGCAUAAACAAUGGACCGUGGAGUAGGUUGCAAUUUUCGUAACAAGCAGUUUUGAAACUAUCGAGACAUAUAUUACUUUGUCAAGCUAUAUUUGUAUUUUGAAACAGUUAAUUACUAGGCUAUAUACUUUCCAUCACAUAUGCUUUGAGUAGUUACGUGAAAAAAUGUACAUUUUAAUAAUAUUAUUGCGAUUUAUCAACAGUUAUUCGUUUAAGAAGAACCUAAACCUUUUGAAUGACCAAUUUUACACUCUAAAUCAAAUUAAGCACUUCCUUUAGCACUUUGUUCAAUUCUGAACUUUCACGUCAUUAUUUUUGUGCUGAAAUAGAAUUUUAUAGGGUUUUAUACGGAUUAUUAAACGUUAAAGUAAAACGACAUGCUGUUGCUGUCCUGCGCUGUGUCUGCAUCGCAAACUCAGUGCAGUCACAGGGGAAUUUAAAAUAUCAAUUACACUUUCAUACUCCUCUAUGGCCAGUUCAGAUCCAAACUAUAUUUACUUAAUGACAUUAAGGAAAUACACAUCAAUGACAAUAUCAACAGCAGUGAUGAUAGUAAUGGUGUACUUGUUGAUAUAUUUCAUUUAAAAUGAUACGUGCAUCAGUUACCCAUCACAACACUAUAAACACCGAUCAUGUUUAGUGUCUGUCAAAGCUUUUGCGUCCUGGUUCUCAAAUCAAUGUAGCAGUGACUGAAGUUUGAAAUCCAAGUCGACUGCCAAAAACAGCCAGUCCUGCGAGCCAGAGGCACUGCAGUCAGUGAACAAUGCCGAUUGUCUUAGCAAAGCUUCUCAUAGGUUCGGCUGAAAACUUGAAUGGCAUUAAAGCCUUUGUUUUUAAUUACAAAUAAUAAUAAAAAGCAAAAACAAAAACAAAGAGACACAUACAUAAAUAAACAUAUGUAAAAAUAAAUAAAUGAAACUAUCGAUUUGUUUUGGCAAUGAACACCAAAUCUGGAGUAUGUUUUCCAAAAACUACUGGUACAGGCACACGUCCAGGAGAUUAUUUCAAGACUUAGCCCACCAAGUUUGGUAUUGCGUGACGCGACUUUCUAUGGUAGGCUAGUUCUGUGAGUGGACGGCGGUGACGAACCCAUUACAUUACAUUACAGGCAUUUAGCAGACGCUCUUAUCCAGAGCGACUUACACAACUUUGUAAUGUAAUGUAAUGUAAUGUAAUAUGAUUGCACCUAAGAACAGUGAUCUGGAUUAAAUUAAAUGCCUCAUCUUCUCUGGCGUCUCAUGGUAGCAGCAAAUUAUGAAUUUUAGAAGAAAAUCAUUUUCUUCUUCUUCUUAAAGAUCGAGAAUAACCCUACGCAUAUCACAUUUCGUUAGUCCAUAGUACAAUCACGGUGUACUCCGCUUAAAUAAGGAAAAUCAUGUCAAUCGAUCAAACAGCUUUCAUGUGUCUAUGAAAUUUUGGUGACUAAUAAUGAUUUUGCAUUAUUUACACCGUGUUUGUAUUGGGUCUUUGGGUCAUUGGGUCACUAUCAGUAAUAACGGUAUAAAUGUAUGGAACUGUGAGUUUAUAUUUGUUUACUGCACCUCGGUAUGGGAUUAGAGUGAUACUUCAUCAUGCUGAUUCAGUGCAGAUGGCACGCGGAGCGGCUGAAUCAGACCAGGAGCCCGUUUCCCCCGUCGAAGGAAUGUGGUGUUUCGUUUCAGCGUCCACUUCAGAUGUUAACGGCGUGUCGUCAGUCGUCUAAUCCCAAGAAGCAUAGUCUAAGGAGAAAAUAAAUGGGAAAAUAUUAAAUUACAUGUGUUAAAGGUCAGAAUUACACAAAAGGACUGGGACGUAAUCUACUGUCCAGCGCCAAAAGGGAAGGUUGUGUGAAUCAGGAUCCAAUGAAAUUUAAUCUCCUGCCAGUCAUCGGCUUCACAUUUAAAUAACAGAUACAUUAAAGCAUCUGUUUUUUUUCCUGGUGCAAGGGGACAACUCCAUCAUGUGAAAAUAUGAAAAGCAGUUUUGAUUUUGACUAACUACUUUCUGAUGGCAAUUUGAUUUAUCUGUGUACCCCUUACAAUUACAUUUCCCAUUCAUAAAAUUAUGAUAUCGUAUUGCAGCCUUACAGCUGCUUCCACGGGAGUAGUCACGUGUUGAUUUCUGUACAAAAUGACACCAUAUUCACACAAGCACUACUGUAAGCGCAUCUGUUAACCUGUUAGUGGCAUAAUUCUUUUUGGAAGUCUGGAUGUUUUGCUCUGCAGGUGAAAAUAUGAUCAUUAAUCAAAUGAAACAGAUGUAAACUGCAUUUAAUAUUCUGUGAGGUACAGCACUUUCUAUUUGUUUUUCACCUAAAAUGAAUAUGUAUCUGUUUCUAAAUAUUUUUGGUAAUGAAACUAUGUUUUGAUGAGCAAUUUUGCAUAAAACUUGUAGAAUUUCACGUAUUGCACAUGAUCAGAAAAGAAUGGCAACUGCUAUGUAAGAACACAGCUAACUUCCAUGAACCACUGCAUACUGUACCAUAUUCAUGUAAAUAUGAAUAUUUAUGAUGUAUCCAAGUCUUCAUGUUAAGUGACUGAUUUAUUUUAUUAAUGCAAGCAGCCACAAGUCUGUAUUUCCAAAAUGCGUAUUUUCUAAAUGUGAUUUUUUUCUUUCUAAAAUAACUUUUUUACAUAUAAUUUUCAUGUACAUUUCAUAUACAUUCACAGACUAUGUGAAAUUAUAAAAUUCUGGACUGCCUUCUACAAAGAUGGUAUCUUUUAUUAUAGCUUGUUUUUCAAACCUAGCAUACUUUGCUGAAAAUGGCCCCUGCCAGGAUCUAUCACUGCUUCAGAAUAAAAUGAGUUACAGUGCAGACAUCA